UAAUGCCAACGGACACCCGGUCACCAGCCACGCAGCAGAGAGCUCUCGGCUCUACAAAUUGUAACGCUUUCGCAUCUUGGCCAGGAGACCGUCUUAGCGAUAGCUUCGCUAUCAGUAUCAUCGAUUCUGAUGUGGCUUUACUGUGGAUUAUUACCGAAUCACUACCAAAUCUACCUGGAUCACGUUGAUCGUGCCUUACAUUUCCACUGACGGAUUCAAGUGAAUUGUGUAUCGAUGUGUGCGUCGCACCGCAGAUGUGUUUCUUCCGGGGAAAAUUAACGAGAGACUGAUUCCGUGCUAACGAGUCACUGAUACAUCCUGUCAAUAACUGUCUGCGAACGACGAUAACAUCGUGACGCAACAUACCGAGGCGAUUCUCGCGGCGCAAUUGCGCCGAAUGGACAGCAGUGUGAAUAUUACUACCAAAUGGGGAAGCAGUGAGUGAUUACUUCGUGGGUGGUGGCGGAAGCUUUGUCUGCUUUGUGGCGAUUUUGUUGAUCGGGUUUGCGGCCGCGUAGGUAGAGAGCGUAGACUACGGUGAAAGGUGUUUAUCGGGAAAAUAAAUCAUUUACGCACACCACUGGAAUCGUGAGCUACGACCAUAAUAGUGACACAUUCGUUUUACACAAUAUCAACGUUACUUUGCGAUUGUGGCCUGAAACUUCCCCAGAUAUCAUCGUCGGGAGAGUGAUUUCGAUAUUCGUGCACGAAGUGAGAAUUGACCCACAUCCGACUUGCAAUGUGCUGAAGCGCGUUUGCUUCACGGGCCGAGAAGUUUCCUCGUGGACAUCUGUAAAUAUUGUUAAUCGCUUGAAUAUAUUUGUUCCAUAACAAGAAUGCAAAAGUGUACGAGAAGACGUCAGUGUUGCGUGCCUGUGAUCGAUUAGCUAAUCGCUUGAAAUAACUCACAUAGUGAUAUCAAAAGCGAUGCCUAGUGAUCACGCGAGUACGCAUCGUUAUUCCAUUUUGCGUCUUCCGUUGAGUAUAUUACGAGCUAGAAGAAGAUACGGUAUCCGCCGCAUGGCUCGACUCGGUGUACUGGUACACCGUGGCAGAGCGAACAAUGGAUAUGAAAAGAGCAGAGGCUAAGUAGCAGGCUGCAGGUACAGAAACGGAGACGGCGCGAGGGGAAGAUUGGAAAGAGGCGUGCGGCCGACAGAAAACGAGAGUGAACGCCAGGGGGAUAGACACGGAGGGCGAAAGUAAGGUACGGGAGGGUCGGCCAUUGUGACAAAGUCGUGGGGGAGAAAGCGUGGAGUCGCACGAAAAAUGAGGGAGCAAGCUCUGUCGGAUGUGUGGCGGCUGGUGUGGUUGCUCUGCCUCGUUCUGGCGACGAGCUUAGCGCAAACGUCGCAGGGCGUCUGUCCGUCCCAUGCCGAGAUCGCGCCCUGUUACUGCAGCUUGAAGAAAUCCGGCCUGGACAUUGUGUGCGAGAUCACCGACCUGCAACACAUCUCCAAGGCCAUGGCCGUGCUUAAGGGAAGGCCGAACCUCGUGAUAUUCUAUCUUAGGCUCAGGCAUAACAACCUGCCCAAGUUGCAGGGAUACGUGUUCCUCGGGCUCGACAUACGCCACCUCACCAUCCAUAACAGUACCCUCGCGGUACUCGAGGAAUCUUCCCUUAGUUCUAUCGGAACUGGAUUGACACAGCUGGAUCUCUCCCAAAAUUCGCUGAGUAGCGUCCCGUCUAUCGCGUUGCGAGACCUUCACCAUCUCCUGAUUUUGAAUUUAAACCGUAACAAAAUCGCAGCCAUCCACGGUAAAGCUUUCGAAGGUCUCGACACACUCGAAAUCCUCACCCUUUAUGAGAACAAGAUCUCCAGUAUAGAAGCAGAUGCAUUCAAAGGACUCGAUAACCGGAGACUCAAAAGACUUAAUUUAGGCGGAAACGAACUCACGAGAAUUCCAACUCAAGCUUUAAAUUCGUUAGAAUUGUUAAAGAAACUAGAACUGCAAGAGAAUCGCAUAUCUAGCAUAUCAGAAGGAGAUUUUGAAGGAUUAAAAGCGCUCGAUUCAUUAGGAUUGGCGCACAAUCACCUUCGUGAGGUCCCGGCGCGUGUAUUCUCCCACUUGACGCAAUUAAACUCUUUGGAGCUCGACGGAAAUCUGAUUACCCACGUGGAUGCCAAUGCGUUCAUCGGUCUUGAGGAAAAUCUGCAAUAUCUACGUCUUGGUGAUAAUAAUUUGCAUUCGGUACCGAGUGACGCUCUCCGACGUUUGCAUCGCUUACGUCACCUCGAUUUACGAUCAAAUAAUAUUACCGUCAUUCUGGAGGAUACUUUCACGGGCUACGGAGAUUCCAUUACUUUCCUCAAUCUACAAAAAAACAUGAUCAAAACACUUCCGCCUCUGGUAUUCGAAAAUCUUAAUUCGUUGGAAACUCUAAGUUUGCAGAACAACAAACUCACACAUAUCCCAGAAGAAGUGACGGAGAACAUCGUUGAUACUCUCCGUCACAUCGAUAUGACAGAUAACCCUUUGAUUUGCGACUGCGAGCUACGAUGGUACGCGGCGUGGCUUGGAAGUUUGCGCGACAAGGACGACGAGAUGAUGUCAAAGAAGCGGACAGUCUGUACGAUGCCUACGGAACAUCGUGAAUAUUCCGUGCAGAAUAUCCCGCUCGACAGGAUGGGCUGCACGGGCAAGAACGUCGGGAAAUUCUCGUCAGCUACUGGGUGUAGAAUGUACGUCGACGUGACAUUACCGUUGAUUGUUCUUACUGCUGUUCUAGUGUAAUCCCGCAAAGAUGCGCGGCAUCGUGAUGACAGACGGUCGACUUUUCGUUUCAGUGUCGAAGGAACGAUUAAUAAUCAUAUGUGUCGUUUUCAUCAAGCUGUUAUUAUAGUAACUCAUAAUUGCUAUUUAUUAUAAAUUUUCGAUUUCGUCAUUCAGUUCUAUAAAGAAUAAGGGUUCCUUGCUUUUCGAGGUAAUCGUGACGCGACAGCGGAGACGCGUCACGAUUCCAUGAUAGCCAUCCUUUUGCAGAAAUUGAAACGCUUUUAUCAUGUACUACCGCGUAAUAAUUUAACACAUCCGUGAGAUAGAUGCGGCUUGUUAUGAAAAUGGCGCAAGGGAGUUACGACACGAAAAGUCGGUGCAUUAUCACGAUGUCCGUUUGUCACAACAAAAUUUGAACACUGGCUGACAAAAGAAGCAUCUAGCAUUACUAUUCGAGCGGAUUGCUACGAUCGAAGCGGAGGGUAGGAAUGAUUGAUUCCUUUGCCCUUUGAAAAGCUGCUUUUUUUAUUUCCCAGGAGGCACGCGAGGACAUAUGUCUGUUUCGUGUGCGGAGAGGUAUAUUAUGCGUAUAGUGACGAUUGCUUUUCUGUGCAGACACGCGUUCAUGCGAUGCGAUCCCGCGUGGACAAUCAUAUAACGUUUGGUAACCGCGACAAUCGAUCUUUUAAGAAAAUUGAAUACUUUAAAUUUUUCCGGAUAUUCUCCGGGCGUUUCCGCGUUAUUUUCUUUUCCAGUCCAGUCACCGGAAUGGUCCUUGUCGAGCACUCGGUUCGAUCAGCACGACAAUCUAUUUAUUGCUUGCAAGAAAAUUUGCCGAAAUAUUUGGAUUAUAAUCGAAUCGAUAUCCAUCUUUUCAGUGUCAUUUCUAAAUUCCUUGAUACCGUAAUAUGACUCCAAUUCUCGUGAUAAAUUCAUGUUCAGCUAUAAGUCCAAUUUAUUCGCCGCGUUUGAUCAAGCCCGUGAAAUACAAUUCGAAAGUACAAUGAUCGUGUUAAAAAGUUAAUCGUUGCGGUAAGUCAGAUCGCAGUAAGAGUAUCACGAGCAAUCCCUUCAAUUCCCGCAUGUCGAAAUGAUAAAUAAUCACCAGACAUUGCAGGACCGCUAGAUAUUAAUAUAACGAGCAGUGUGUAGGAGAUACAUUUGCUAUGCGACGGAUUUAUUUCUAAUAAUGUCAUUGUUAUUUAUAGAACCCUCAGAUGCUUUACGAUCGAAUUGCAAACAGUCAUAUGGCAACUAUAGCAAGCAAUGGACUUGCAAACCUCAUGUUGCUUAUGAUAAUUCGUCGAAAAGACUUUCACCAAAUAAAGAUUAAUAAAGUACAUAUCUUUAAUUCUUAUUGGAUAACAAGGUAUCACACUCGGUUAUGUAGUUCGAUAGUAUAGGAUCUGAGCGAUUGCUAGGAACAAACGUCGAUCACAUCGAUCGAUCAGUGGACCGUAGAAUUCUCGCUCGCGAGGAGCGCACGAGUUUUCUUCACCGGAACGUUACAUAUCAGCAUCGUUGCCAAUUAUUUCGUGGUUAUCCGUUAAGCUCGCGGCGCGAGGCGUAGUAUACUCACUAGCGGAUUUGAGUGACCGGAAGUCAGAUUCCGGGCCACUCGUUAUAUACAUAUCAAUGCGUUCCUGUUGAACACAGUGCUGCGAAUAGUCGACAUCCUCCGCACGCUGGUAUUUUCCGUACACCACGAUCUUCCAAGAUUUCGACGUCAUUGGGUAUUAGUCUUUGUUAAUUAUUCAGAACCUUUUUCAGCUUAGAAAUUUACAGCAAUUAUCCGGACGGUUAUAACAUUUUAUGUUCAUCAGAAACAAAUUGUCAGAAAGUAGGUCAUUCGAGACAUGCUUGCUUAAAUUCGUUAUAACGUAAAUAAUUUUUAUUAAUUAAGACACAUUGACCGAGGAAUAAAAUGGAUAAGAAAUAAAUUGUCAGAAAGUAGGUCAUUCGAUCUUCUUGCUUAAAUUCGUUAUAAUAUGAAUAAUUUUUAUUAAUUUUUAUUAAUUAAGACACAUUGAUCAAGGAAUAAAAUGGAUCAAUUAAAAUCGAGAAUUAAAAGAAAAUAACGCUCGUGGACUUUAUCUUUUAUCAAGUUUUCUGCUAGAAUGUCCCCGCGCGGUAGUCGCUAACAUCUUGAGAUCGCCCCCAUACUUAACUCGAUUCGCAAAGACCCGACCGCGCGAAAUGAGAUAACGACUGUGCUGAUGACACGUAAUACUCCCAACGAUACUCUCAACAGGAAACCGACACUUGUCAAAGCCGGUAGAGCACAAACGCGGUUAUUCAAACGCCUCGUUGCGCUCGCUUUACGACUCGGUUACUUCGCCGCCGCGACAGUUCACGUGUGCACUAAAAUUGCAUCAUCUUACAGAAGGAAACGUAUGCGAUGCACGUGUUCGCGACGAUCACGAGACACGAGAUACAAAUAGUUAAAGCAUAAUAUCUGUCAGUUGUGUUUAAAAUAUUUCCCGUCCGUUAACAAUAAUUUCCGCUUAUAUACGGAAGAUCGUGGCAUAUGAGAAUACACUUGGCGUGUUUCGCUUCGAAAAACGUUCGAAGCGAAUAUAUUCAGCGACGAACGCGUUUCUUAGCGCAGACAUCGUGCGGGAGACCGAUUGAUACGAGGGAUGUAGUUCACAGGACGUAGUGCUGAUCACAGUGCUAACGCAGAAAGUAACAUGUGUUUUGCUAUUCGAUACGUAUGAAAAUAAGAUAGAAUUAAGCCUAAGGCAUUAUUAUAAAGUGCAAACAUCGUAUAGCGGGAUGUUAAGGUCACCGAUAUGCGUUAUAUGGCGUGUCAAGCCGAACUCUUUUCGAAAGUGAAUUUUGAAGCUAACAUUUCAGAGAACAUCUGAAUUCUUUGGUUUUUCCACAUUUCGGUUCAGUAUGAAAAAUAAUACGUAACCUUGCACAACUACAACAGUUUCGUCACCAAUAUUUUUCAUAUAUAAAAUAUUAAAAUCAUUUUUCUAAUUAAGUGAGUCCAUUACUUCAACAAACUAGUAAGAAAAAUUUACGUAAACAAAAUAAUUUAUAUAAAAAAUGAAAACAUUGAGAUAUUUUACUUUAAUUUUUUAACUCGAAAUAGAAACAGGGGAUUUGUAUUGUAUAACUGUAAGAUUUUACCUAAUUUAAAAAUAAAUGUUAAAAUCUGACGAGCAAUAGCAGAGCUAAGAUCUUCCCUUUCGAAUACGUAGGCAGAGACGCGCGACGAUAUCACAUACACACAUACACAUAUCAUUUAUACGCCCAAAUCUACUUGUAAGAUAAAUUGAUUAACUAAGUCGAUUUAAGGCUUGACGAAGCUAUAACGACUAAAGAUCGUAUACAUAUCGUGAAGUACGAGAUUUAAGAGAAUUUAUUUGUUAACAUAUACAUAUAUAUAAUAUACAUAUAUAUGUACGUUACAUAUAAUAUAUAUAUUAUUGUGCAUUAUUUUACGAUUAUAAAAGAUAUAUAUUAUAUACCUAUAUCUCUUAUAUAUACAUAUAUGCACUAAAUGUUUUUUCUAAGAAGUUAUAUUGAUAAUAGUAUAAAACUGCUGGGCACAUACUGGCGUUGUAAAAUUGGUUUCCACUUAAAUCCCCAAAGUCUACCUUUCUACUCGUAUUUUGUUUUGUUUUAUUGUCAGUUAUAAAAUUUUUAUUUUGAUUAAGAUCUGAAUAAAAGGUACUCGUGAUUGCUACAUUAAAUCUUAAUACGUUAGAUAAUAAAAAUUAAUGAUACGCCGAAUGCGAUCCUCUGCAGGCCCUACAUUUAGCUUAGGAUUCGUACGAGGCAUAUCUAAUGCACGACCUUUUAAAUUUUCUUCUUUUCAUAAUUACAUGCGAAUAAAUCACGAGCAUAUUUGCGAUUACCUUAAAAUCUAUAUACAAUUAUGAUUAUUAAGGAGAAAACGGCAGUGUGUGAACGGUAAUGAGUUAUAAAAAAAAGUUGAUAGAGAUGAAAGUAAAACUAGUGAAAUAGCAUAAUUACCUGAGUCAGAAGUUUAAAAAAUAUACUUUGCUAUUAUAGAACAAAUUGCAGUUGAGAAAUAAUGUAAUAAAAAGAGCUCUUUUAAAUCGCCUUUUAAGCAUUUUGUAUUUCAAUCAUUCUCCAAUAUUUUAAGUUACUUGAAGCUUUUUAUCUCUUUACUCUACAUAUUUUUCCUAUUUCUAAAGUCUAUUUUUUUUGCUACUAAACUGAAAUAGAACAAAGACAUCGUCAUGGCAAGAGUUUAAUUCAAAUUGAUUAUUUGCUCAUACACGCAAAAGAUUGCUUUAUUGAAGAACUUCCGGCUCGGAUGUUAGGACAUAUCUUUAGACAAGUUUUAGAGACAAAAGCGAAAACGGGAGUUUGUGCGACUCUAAUCUUUUCUGCUGAAUACUAUAACGAUAUACGCUGUUAAAAUGCUCUGAUUACUAUACAUGAAAAGGUACUGUACGCGUACAAUGCAUAUAGAAUUGUCUACAUCUUCUAUACUUCUACUUGAAUAAUAAUUGAAUAAAAUCGAGAGGGGGGAGGAAUCGUUUUCAGAGUUCUAACAUUUCAUGGGCAUUGCACAGCGAAGAACACUUAUCAGCGGCUGAAAGGAUUACAGAUCGCCGGACGUCGAGCCCGCAGAACCAUGUCGAGACAUAUCGCUGGGAGCCGGCGCUAGACUUGUCGGGCGCGCCGAUUUAUUAUUACUAAUUAUUAUAAGCGGAUAUUUUUGUACAGCGUCUUACAAUGUGGUCGGAUCGUUACCGGCACGCCCGACGGGCGCACGACCGGCUCGCCAUACUUACUUCAUUUAAUAGCGCGCGAUACCCUGAAGACGCGUAAACGCGUAUGUGUGCAGACACGAUGAUACCUAUAUAUAAAAUAUAUAUAAAUACAUAUAUAUUAUAUACGCAUGUGUGUGCGUUAGCGGGACGUGUUAACGAAAUUAUCGACAGUCCCACCCGCGCGUAAGGACGAUAAACGGAGCUUAACUAUCGAACGAAGGAUUUAUCUUUGUAAUCUCGGUGCUCGCUUACACGUCGCUUCUUCGCACGACCCCAGAAACCUCGUAUCUGUGUUAACACAUACCAUCACUAUACACACGAGUACACGGAAUAAACACGUUAUUAUAAACACGCCACCUACAUGGUCGAAACAUAAUACGUUAGUCUUACAUACUUUUACGAGCCUUUCUCAUCUCCCUUUCUUCACUGUCUUCUAUAUAGAUUAUAUAGAUAAAAGACGUAAUUCUUACGUGCAUAAGAAUAAAGUUCGUGUGGAAUUAGAUAUAUAAAGAAAGAUUAGUUCUUGAAUCAAUGUACACACGCGUCUACAUCUUUCCGCAUAAAUGCUCUUAGAUACGUAUACUUGUACACGCAAUAUCUAAACGAACACACGUACACGAGAUUAAACCAUGCCUAAUGUUAUAUCGAUGUUAUAUAUAUGGUUACUAUGUGACACACACAUACACGAACUUCGUCUGUAUAUGUCUAUACAUAAUGUUAAAUAUAUAUGGUCAUUAUAUGAUAACUAUUACGUGAUAUGUAUGUAUUAUGAGACAUUUUUUCCCUUAUCGACUCGCGACUCGCUACUCAAAUUCUAUAAUGUCUAUAUGUCAUUGUUUAUUAUGUCGUUAACGAUUAACGUGUAUAUGUGAAACUUUCAAAUGAAUAAAAAUGAUAUAAGCAGAAA